AUGUUGCUGGAAGCUCCUGGGAUGUUUUCGUCGUUUCAAACUGGUUUUUCGUGUCCCAGGUCAUCCUCUUUGUAUCGCCACGGUCUGGUCUUGUGGUGCACACAGAAUACUAACGUGGGGCCAGCAGGUGCACCGGUGCGACUGCGAUCCGAUAAGGCUGCUGUGAUGAGCGCGCGGCGAUUUUGUAUGGCUCGUGGGAACAGAAGAAAUGGGUCCCGUCGUGGUCUGGGAACCACAGGCUCGUCUGGAUCAUCCAGGGGUCGCAACAACAAGAAUAGAGGGCGUGGAGGUUCAAGUAGUACCUCCAGGAGAGCCGCAAAUGGAGGUAAGCGUGCAGGAGCUGGAAAAUUCAACGCUCCGGAGCUCAUGGAUUUGGAUUUUGGAGCCAUAGACGAUGUUAAUAUGGGCACUGGGUCGAUGAGAAGUCUCUCCAAGAGACCUGGGCGCAACACUAUGAUGCAGGAGGCUUUUUUGACAUCAAAACAUACAGAUAGAUUCGUUGGUGAGCCGUUGCGAAAACGGCCCAUCGAGUUCAUCAAGGCGAAGGAAGUGUACGACCCACGUGCUAUUCUUGAGAAGGUGAUAAACAAGGAUGAAGCGAAUGAUGCGGACGAAGCAACGGAUAUUACUGUUAGUUUGCGCGAGACUACGAUUGCGGAGCAAAACGAAGACAACGUCAAUUUGGAUCAUGAUGAGAAUGAGAAAGAGAAUGAGAAGGAGGAUGUGGAGGACCAAAAACCAGUCGAAAAAGAUGAGGAGUCGAAGGAUAAUCUUGAAGGUUUAAGAGAAGCCAUCGAAAAUGAUGAAAAAGUCAAAAGCGCAAAGAUUGACGACGAGACUCUCGAGCAACCAACUAUAGAGAUGGAAGACAGCGACAAUGAAGACGACUCUCAAAGCGAUAGCGAAGGCUUUUUUAUCGACACCUCGGCGCAACCUACCAACUCACCACCCGCCUAUGUUCCCCCCAAUGACAUCGGUCCCAACAUCGACUACGACCCAGUAUUGACUAUUGGGAACGUUCAGUUACACACAAGCGGUGCUGGCAACGAUAUUACCGCAUCGGUCAGAUCUUCUACACAUCACGAUGAGUUAGAUCUGCUUGAUGAGUUCAGUGAUUCAGAGUCCGACGAAGACGCAUAUGCUGACUAUAUUCGUCAAUUGAACGAACAGGAUCUGUCAGAAGAACUUUCCCUGUCAGACUCAGAAAAUGAGAGUGCUUCGACUGACGCUAAUGUGUCUUCGACUAAUUCUCCCCAAAUAGUAGAGUACGGUUUUCUUUCCGAGGACUAUGAGUUUGAUGUGUCUCAAAUAUCGGUGACAAAUGUCCGGUUUGGUAUCAAGAACCAAUUUUACUCGAGAUGUUUGGAGUUGACUGGCUCAGUAGAUGACUACAUGUGGGUUGAUGAGGACGAUUUAAUCGAUUUUGUGACUCUGAAAGGAGUCAAGGAGCAUCGCUUGGAAAGCUUCUUAAGCUAUAUUACCAACGGAAUGAUCAACAAAACCGAAAACGACGAAGAGGAAGAGCAAGAAGUGUACGUUUCAUCAGAUUCAGAAAGCGACCGCGAGAUUUACGGAGGAACCGCUCCCGAAAUCGAAGAAGAUGAUGAUGGUAUUGCGGAUUUAGUGGCAUUUUCGAAAUCACUGACAAAGUUCAGAGACACAAUAGACACUUCUGCUGUUGGCACGACGGGCAAAGGAUCGAGAAAACAGCUCGAUUUGGAGCGUUUUGCUCAAUAUGAACUUGACGAUGAUAUCAUUGAUUCGCUUCAGCAACAGUACAAGAUCCGCCGUGAGUCCAAGAAAAGCAAGAAACAACAGCAUCAGGACGAAUUGAUGGAAGAGGGUCUUAACAAGUACAAUCUUCUUUUGAAGUACCCCUACACAUUACACAUAAAGGACAUUAAAGACGAGUUUGAAUCUUUUCUUCAUAACCCAGCGAGAGACGACCUUUCGUUUCCUCCAUUGGAUCCUCAUGGAAACAAAACUUUGACCAAGAUGGCCAAAUGCUAUAAUUGUAAAUCAGCAACCCAAGGAAAAGGUAUUCGAAGGUAUAUUCGAGUUUCCAAGUACAAACGUACUUUCAAGUAUCUUCCCGAUUAUGGUCAUAUCAAUGCCAUUUUGAGACAGCGUCCGGUGUUUAAUCGAGUCGAUCAAAAGCGACCCAAAGAGGAAUAUAUAGCCACCGAUGGAAACGCCACGAAAGAUCGUAUUCGACAAAGAAACAAGUCAGGACACAACGCUUAUAUACCCGAGGGACAUAUUGUCGGUGGAAUGGCACCAGAAAUUGACCACACGAAUGUUGGUCGACAACUUUUGGAAAAGCUUGGUUGGGUCAAAGGUGAAGGAUUGGGAGCUCAUGGCAAUAAGGGAAUCAGUGAGCCACUUGUGGCUACCGUCAAAAAAUCUAAAACGGGGUUGGGUCAAACGAGGUAUUAG